AUGACUGGGAGUAAAGGAGAGGAAUUGGAUAAACUUGGUAUCCCCUAUAAACACCCUGUUGCUGUCACUGGUGUUAUUGGCUUCAUUGGAACAGGAACCUCACCUUUUGUUGCAAUAAGAGCUGAUAUGGAUGCUCUUCCCAUUCAGGAACUGGUGGAGUGGGAGCACAAGAGUAAAGUACCUGGAAAGAUGCACGCGUGUGGUCAUGAUGCUCAUGUCACUAUGCUUCUUGGUGCUGCAAAGAUUCUUAAACAGCAUGAAAAAGAGAUUCAGGGAACUGUGGUUCUUGUUUUUCAACCAGCAGAGGAAGGGGGUGCAGGGGCUAAGAAAAUUUUAGAUGCUGGAGCCUUGGAAAAUGUUGCUGCUAUCUUUGGAUUACAUGUGGACCCUUACAUUUCAGUAGGUGAAGUGGCCUGUGGCUCUGGUCCAAUCUUGGCAGGAAGUGGAGUGUUUGAAGCAAUAAUAAGUGGAAAGGGAGGUCAUGCAGCAAUUCCCCAAAAUUCUAUAGACCCUCUAUUGGCAGCUUCUAAUGUAAUUAUUAGCUUACAACACCUUGUUUCUCGUGAGGCUGAUCCUCUGGAGCCCCGGGUUGUGACAGUUGGAAAGUUCCAAGGAGGUGGUGCAUUCAAUGUUAUUCCAGAUUAUGUCACAAUUGGUGGCACCUUCCGAGCUUUUUCUAGAGAAGGAUUGGAGCAACUUAAAAAGCGCAUUGAGCAGCUUGAUUAUGAUUGUAUUGGAUAUUAA